GAGAACCGUAGAAGAAGAAGAAGCAGCAGCAGCGGAAGGCGGUUGUUUUCUUUUAGCUUAUUUGCUAAUGUAAACCCGAUUUUUUUCCCUCUUUGUUUUAACAACUACAGCUCACUUGUGCUCUGGAGAUCACAAUAAAGUGGUAGGGAGAGGAUGUUGGCUACAGGAACGACUGUAACCACGGCGGGUCUGACGCAGGUGGACCGUGACAAGAUCUAUCAAUGGAUCAACGAGCUCUCCAGCCCUGAAACGCGUGAGAACGCCCUGCUGGAGCUCAGCAAGAAGAGGGAGUCUGUGACAGAUCUGGCCCCGAUGCUCUGGCACUCCUGCGGUACUAUAGCGGCUCUCCUACAGGUGCGCAGAAAUCACUUCAUGCUCAAUUUAACGCGCAAUAAGCUGAGACCUGUUUUACGUUUACUUUUUUUUGUGCUUUUUGUCUUGCAGGGGAAGAUGGUUCUUCAGUUGUCUAAGGAGCCUUCGGCUCGCCUGCUGAAACAUGUCGUGCGCUGUUAUUUACGACUUUCUGACAACUCCAGGGCGAGAGAAGCUCUGCGUCAGUGCCUGCCCGACCAGCUGAAGGACACCACGUUUGCUCAAGUGUUAAAGGACGACUCCACCACCAAACGCUGGCUCGCUCAGCUCGUCAAAAACCUACAGGAAGGGCAGGUCACAGACCCCCGCGGCAUCCCCUUACCUCCUCAGUAACACACACUCUCACUCAUCCCAAACCCUCCAGGACAGCCAGCACCACACCUUAAACACAUCAGACUGUUUCACAUACAAGGGCACUUAAUAUUUUUUUGCCAAGAAGCUCAGAAACGGUGCUCAGCAUUCACGGUUUGUUUCGAGAUAUUAACAAUUGACUUUAGACUCUGCUGGACUGAGGAAGAGUCAGUCUCAUCCAUUAUUAGGCUUUUUUUCUUUUUCCUCUAAGCCUUUUUGAUGGAAUCGAGAGGAAUUGAAAGACUGUUUUGUCUGUUUUUCUCAUCACAAAAAUGUGUAAUUUUGAAUGCUGUUAAAUAAACAGUGUCAUGCCAUCGUAAAUGUCAAGUGAAA